AUGACGUGGAGGCUGGGAUGUCUGAUCCCGAAACAGAUGGUUGAUGAGAUCUUUGAUGCACCGCCAACCUAUGAUGAAGCAAUUUACUACACUGUAAGUGUCAUGGUCGUUGAUAUUCAAGACUCUAUCGUCUUUGAUGCUCGGUCGGCGGCAACUGCUUGA